GUGACUGUCACAGGAGCCGGUGGCAGGACUGGCAAGAUUGUGCUGCAGAAGCUCCUAGCCCAGCCAGACAAGUUUGAGGCGCGCGGUGUGGUCCGAAACACAAAGUCGGCAGAGAAGCUGCAAGGGGAGGGAAUACCAGCCGAGAAGCUGUACGUGGGCGACAUUGUGAAAGGCACAGAGGAGCUGAAGAGAUCCCUGGCUGGAGCAGAUGCUCUGGUCAUUGCCACCAGCGCCGUGCCACAGAUCAAGCCCUUGUCGCUGUUGACGGGGGCUCGCCCCGACUUCUCCUUCAAGGAGGGCCAAUUCCCAGAGCAGAUCGAUUGGCUUGGGCAGAAAGCGCAGAUUGAUGCUGCUAAGGAGGCGGGCGUCAAGAAGGUGGUCCUCAUAUCCAGCAUGGGAGGCACGGACGAGAACCACCCAUUGAACAAGCUGGGGGAUGGAAACAUCCUGAUCUGGAAGCGCAAGGCUGAGGAGUAUCUGAUCAACUCGGGGGCAUUUGAUUACACCAUCAUUCACCCUGGGGGCCUCAUUGAUGAAGAGGGAGGAAAGAGGGAACUCGUUCUGGGAGUGGACGAUGAAUUGUUGAAGAACAAAAGCCGCAGCAUCCCCCGAGCUGAUGUGGCGGAGGUGACUGUGCAAUGCCUCACACUGACCGAGGCCAGCAAUAGGUCAAUCGAUGCGAUAACAAAGGGCCCGGGUGAAGGGACGACCACAACAGACUUCGGUGCACUCUUGGCGUCUCUGAAAGCUGACUGCAGAUACGGUUCUCUUUUGAAGCCGGCUGUGAAUGCUUGA